AUGGUCGUAGUAAAUCAGCAUAGAGAAAUUCAAGAUUUGAAAGGCAAAUCAGAGAAAAACAAGGACGAAGAGAGAGAAAAAAAAGGAACCUUUGCAUUUGUACAAAUUGAGGAUCUUCAAGCAAGUGAGGCCAUUAACGAUGACGGCGAGGUCGGAAUCGUGACGCUAGGUUCCAAACCCCAAAUAAUCGACCUCGACACCCCCAAUCCCCUCACGUUGCUUCAUAAGAAACCUCAAUUAAAUCGAAAACCUUUUCUGCAAUUCUCUCUCCCCAAGAAGGCCGAGUGGAUCCAAUUUGGGAUACCGCAUCCCAACCUGGCUGUGGUAUUGCUGGACAACCAACCGGAGAAGAAGCACUACAGAGGAGUCGACCAGCGGCCUUGGGGAAAGUUCGCCGCUGAGAUCUGCGACCCGAACAAGCGCGGGUCGAGAGUGUGGCUUGGAACCUUCGACACCACCAUCGAGGCCGCAAAGGCCUACGAUCGUGCUGCCUUCAGGCUCCGUGGCUCAAAGGUCAUUCUCAACUUCCCACUCGAAGCAGGCGCGAUAAGUGGCACCGUCGAGGCCGAAGGUGAAAGGAAGCGGCGGCACGAGGAGAAGGAGGUAGAGGAAGUGAAGCCGGUGGUGAAGAAGGAGAAAACAACGGAACAUGAGGUGAACUGUUUUCGGGAGAUGUCGUUAACACCUUUAACUUCAAUCUUGAACCUAAUUUGA